GGAAAAAAAAAACAAAAAAAAGCGGGUGGAAGGGAGGAGGAGGAGGAGGAGGAAGAACAAGAGCGCGAGGAGGAGGACGAGGAGUAAGAGGAGAAGGACGACGAGGAGUAUGAGGAUGGCGAAGAAAAAGGAGGAGGAAGAAGUGGUGGAGGAACAGGAGACUGCGCCGACAGAGGAGGAGGACGAAGAGGACGAAGAAGAAGACGAAGAGGAGGAGGAGGAGAAGGAAGAAGAAGAGGAGGAGGACGGGGAGGAGGAGAAUGACGUUGCGCAGAAGGAAGAGGAAGGUGGAGGAAGAGGACUUAAAGAUGAUGAAGAAGAAGAGGAGGAGGAGGAGGAGGAGGAGGAGGAAGAAGUAGAAGAGGAGGAGGACGAGGACGAGGAGCAGAAAGAGGAGGAGGAAGAAGAGGAGGAGGAAGAAGAUGAGGAGGAAAAAGGGGAGCAAGAGGAAGAGGAGGGGGAGGAGGGGGAGGAGGAGGAGGAGGAGGAGGAAAAGGAGGAGGAAGAGGAGGAGGAAGACGAGGAGGAGGAGGAAGAGGAGGAGGAGGAGGAGGAGGAGGAGGAGGAAGAAGAGGAGGAGGACGUGGAGGAAGAGAAGGAGGACAAGGACGAGGAGGAGAAAGAGGAGGAGGAGGAAGAAUAGGAUGAGGAGGAAGAGGCGGAGGAGGGGGGGGAGACGGAGGAGGAGGAGGAGGAGGUGGACGAAGGAAAGUUGGCUCACCUGGCAUGGGCGGACGAUGGCGCAUGGGGUUGCUGUCGUCGACGUCGGAGUUCACCAAUUGCAACACCGAA